AUGGUGCUGCCCCCGCCAUGGUUGACGGGGCAGAUCGAAGCGCCCGCGGGGACCAAGAACAUGGGCAGCUGGACAGCCAAGGUGUUCACUCCUGAGCAGCAAGCUCGCUUAGGCUGGGGGAUGUGGGAUAAGAUGAUGAAGCAGAUGAAUCAUUGCAUCCUGGUUGUCCAUGACUGGAAAAAACACAUGGGGAUUCAACGCACGACAGGAAUCCUGAGAUUUUCUGCAACACAACUGGGCGUUUCACCAGGAUUUUUUUUGGUUCUCACCAGGAUUUUUUUGUUCUCACCAUUUUCAAGAGAGUAA